GGCAGAGAUUCUAAAGCGAGAAGCGGAAAUUGAAAACCCUAAGCCCGUCAAGGGAUCUAAUAUUUAUAUUGGGAAGCACCGUCUCGCGAGACCAAUGGAACAAUGACACGUGGCGAGGAGCGUAUCCCCAAACAUGUGUCCCAUGGAGAGAGACAGGCGCAAUGAUGACUUUCCUCAAAAGCUGCACUGUUUCCGCGGCAGCCGUCACCUAGGUGUCCGUGAUACGCCGCCAAUGGGUGACACCGAAAUCAGGAAUGUCCAUCCCUUUCAGCUCGGCGGAGAUAACCUCCUACGACAGGAAUGUCCCCACGCACAACGGCUUGUACGUCUUUAUGUCCCACGCACGCUUGGAACAUCAGAAGUGGGGGACUUGUGUUGGGUUAAUGGACCAAUUAUAGGAUCGGCCCAUUACCCCCUUCUUCGGACGAGCGUCCAGGCCUAACAAAACAACUUACCUUGACAGACGUCCAACCAGAGCAAUGGUGGAUCACGCCUCAAGGACGACGAACGUCGCCACCUUAAGCCUAUGACCACGUGAAGUCCAGUCCAAGCUAUAUAACAAAUUCUACCAAGGGCCAGAAUACGAACAGCCCACACCCUUUGCAGUAUUACCAGGAGCAGGCCCCAAGCUAGGGAGACGUCCUUCUCCACAGAUUAGGCGGGAAACCCAGAUCCUGGCGGGAAACGCAUUUAAUGCUGGGGAUUUGGUGGUUGGGGCAUCAACCACUCAUGGUUCUCCACAUCAGCGUAGCCAACUGCCCAUUGGUGGUAUAAAUAGUUGCAUUUAUUUCAUUGUAAAGGGUUGUCAACUUAUUACCCUUAGCAUUCUAGCUUAUUUCUAGCUUAUUACUCGCAGCUCUUCUACUGCAGUAUAGGACGAACGGCUAACGGCCUUUAGCAAGCGUAUUGUAUCACGGGUUUAUUAGACAUUAAUAAUCUGGUCUUUUACUUGCUAAUCUUCUUC